AUGAAGGCUUGGCACCUUCUGACCGGUAUUAUCGCUAUGUAUGCUCGGCGCCCGAAUGCACAACUAGACUCGGCUCUUAUUCAGCGCAAAUUGACAGAUAAUCCUCUUAUUGCAAUUCCCACAGUCGGACCAUCGAAUCUCUACUAUUAUGAACAAGGAUUCAAAUUGCGAGUACCAAGCAUGACUGAUAUUAGAUCUAUGCUUCGAAGCGAGCUCGCGUUGCGAGGAUCAGCUGCGCAGACUGGAAGCACUGGGAGGGUUACAAAGAAGCGCAAGAUAGAAGGACCUGAUACUAUUCGCCCUGCGCACAAGAAGUUGCGGCCUACGACACCUGCCUAUAACGAUGUUUCGGAAAUGGACGAUAAUCAGCAAAUUGAAUCAGCGAACACAAAUCAAGGGAUACCAGAGGAAGACGAAGAAGACAUCGCGCAAAGUGAGGAAGCAGGGCCUCAUCUUCCCGAAGACGAGCUUUCACAACAGCGCGCAGUCAGCCCUAAUCAACAAAACAAUACGAUAAAAAGCAGCAUGGCAGAAGUAUCUGCAUCCAAUCAAAGUAUUGACGAAAACGAAUGGGCAGCUUUCGAGCGAGAGGUUGUCGCACCCACGCGCACUAUCCCUGCAGCCGCAGUAUCAUCAGUGGCCACGAUCUCAGCUGCCCCAGUAACCGCCGAAGAGCUUGCUGCUCAACAACAGAAACAAAAGGAAGAACAAGCCAAAGCACAUGAAGAAGACAUUGAAGGAGAAAAGGAAGACGCCGCCAGACAUCUAGAAGAAGAGUUUGAGGAGAUGGAACAACUAGAGGAGCGGGUUAAGAGGUUAAAGGCGAAAAGAGAAGAAUUAAGAGCCCGAAACAUGGUGGACAGUAAUGAUACGACAAUUGAUGAUCACGAAAAUACGCUGCAGGACGGCGAAGGGAGUGAAGACGACGAUGAGGGUGAUGAUGAUUGGGACGACUGGAGAUUUCGGUAGUAAUGUUGCAUGUCUACGAAAUUCAAGUGCAAAGUUCAGAUGAUACCUCCGCAAUUGCCAGCAUUUGGUCUACUACACUUCUAUAGGUAAUGACUUAAUUGAAGCUCA